GUGUGUGUGUGUGUGUGUGUGUGUGUGUGUGUGUGUGUGUGUGUGUGUGUGUGUGUGAUUCUGUGCUGCGGUUCUGAGCCUCAGGUCAGCAGCAGGCUGAGCCUCACAUGAUCCAGUCACACGGUGAUCCUCCUGUCCACCUCCAUGCUGCAGAGGAUCUGGUGGAGGUGAAACCAUCCUGAUGUCUGAUCAUUAACCACAUCGCUGCUGAUCCACGUAAAGCUGAGCAGAUGUGGCAUCAAUGACCUUUAACCUGGAAGAACAAAGGAGAAACAAAAAGCAUAACAUCCAACAUAAAAAACAGCCAAGCAUCUGACUGGUGACCCUUGAACUCUCUGUCAACCAGGACAGAAACGUCUUGUGUGAAGCAGCUUCAUUGUUGACAUGUUGUUAUGGAAACCGUUUGUCUCAGUUUGUUGCAGGUCGUGAUGCUCCUCGUGUUUCUCCUCUUUCAUACCCACAGUGUCGACGUCAGACUGCAGGCUGAGCGUCUGAAACCUUCCAUCGUCUUGAAGUUAGUUUGGCUAAAGUCAGGAAAAAGAGCCAUUUAAAAACCUCCAGAAUGUAACAUCACAAAUCAGCUGGCACUGCAUGUUGCCUAGCAACCCAAAGAGAGCGCCAGCACGUUUAGUCAGCUGGUUUUACCGCAGUACAAUGGCUGCUGGAAAAGAAAAGUGUUCUGUUGUUGACUUGUGAUCCAGAAACCAUUUGCUGCAUUUUUAUUGGUUGUGCAGGAGGCUCCUCUUCUGCUUUUCGAAGCAGUACGGUUAUGUAAUUAUGCAUUUGUUUGCAGCCUUUUUCACAUGGGAGUAUAAACAUUGAUUUUGGGGGCGUGGCCAACAGCAGGACUUAAAGUGACAGUCAUAAAACAGAUGAAAAUGCAGAACUGAGACCAAAAUCUCAUUAUCUAAGACAAAUGUAAUGACAUUUCAGAGCCAACUGAUCCGUCCUAACAUGUUCAUUACCUUUAACACAGAAGCAUUUCUCUAAGAAAGCUGGGAACCAUGGAGAGAGGAGGAGGGAAAUGUCUGUGAGGAAGGAGGGAGGAGGGGAUGAGGAGGGAGAUAUGAAGCAGGGGGAGGAGGGGAGAGAGGCAUUGUGGGUUCAUCCAGCAGAGGCAGCUGCUGCUCUCCCUCCAUGCCGAGACCCUGCAGCCGGAACGCCGGCCGUCUUUGUUUUGUCCAGAGUCGGUUUGAGGAAAAGCUCAACGUGUUUGGAGUGUUUCCGUUUCCCGGCAGCAGAUGAAGGAAGGUGGCGGCGUCUGGACGGCUGUGCAGCGAGCCUCACCUCAGGGUUGGGGGCUGAGCGCGGGGGGAUGAGAGGAAGACGAGGUGCUCUGCAGCAUCUUCCUCCUUAUUGUUUCCCCGCCUGCAGCAGCAGCGCAGUCCGGCUGCAUUAUGCCUGCGUCUGAGGGCAGCUGCUGCAGCUGCUGCAGCGCGGCCGGCCGGCCGGUCAGCCGCUGAGGGGGGGACCUGCUGACUGAAGGACAAUGACCUGACUUUGUUUCCUGAGCAGCAAACCAGAGAAACAUGUUGAGGGUUUAAAGGAACGGAGUUUAAAGAUGGGGUGACCGCCGCGUGGCGCUGAACCCGACCCAACAUGAACUCCUCCUCCAGUCCGAACCAGAGCGGCUCUCCUUUGUUCUGCCUGCUGGGGGCGGUGGGUUACUCCCCCAGCCUGGACACCUGCCUGCUGGAGGCGGCCAUCAUCCUCUUCCUCGCUGUGCUCAUCAUCGCCGGGAACCUGCUGGUGAUCUUCGUCUUCCACUGCGCGCCGCUGCUGCACCAGCACAGCACCGGACACUUCAUCCAGACCAUGGCGUGCGCCGACCUGCUGGUGGGCGUCAGCUGCCUGGUGCCGUCUCUGUCGCUGCUGCGCUGCCUCCCGGGCCUCAACCAGCAGCUCGCCUGCAAAGCCUUUGGCUACGCCGUUUCUGUGCUGAAGAGCGUCUCCAUGGCGUCGCUGGCGUGCAUCAGCGUGGACCGCUACAUCGCCAUCACCCGCCCGCUGUCCUACGCCACGUUGGUGACGCCAUGCCGGUUGCGGGCGUGCAUCGUCCUCAUCUGGGUUUACUCCGCCCUCGUCUUCCUGCCGUCCUUCCUGGGCUGGGGGAAGCCCGGUUACCACGGCGACGUGUUUCAGUGGUGCGCCGAGUCGUGGCGGACCAACCCGACGUUCAGCACCUUCAUCGUGGCGCUGCUGUACGCGCCGGCGGCGCUCACCGUCUGCUUCACGUACGGGAGCAUCUUCCGGAUCUGCCGGCAGCACACCCGGGAGAUCAGCCAGCGCCACGCCCGCUUCGGCGCGCAGGCCACGCCCACCGGGGGCGAGCGCUGCGACGGCUGCACCGACAAGCGCUACGCCAUGGUGCUGUUCCGCAUCACCAGCGUCUUCUACGUGCUCUGGAUGCCCUACAUCCUCUACUUCCUGCUGGAGAGCGCAGGGCUGUACCGCCACAUGGUGGCGUCGUUUCUCACCACGUGGCUGGCAAUUAGCAACAGCUUCUGUAACUGCCUCAUCUACAGCCUCUCCAACAGCGUCUUCCGAAAAGGCCUGGGCAGUCUGCUCCAGCCGCUGCUGCCUUCCUGCCUCGCCUGCGCAGACGGCAGGAAGGCUCCGCCCACCGGGAGCCUGCGCACCGACACGCGAUGCCACGUCUGACGCCUUGGCGCGGAUUGGCUGAUGUGGUUUAGAAGCGUCUGUUUGGCGCCUUUCGGUCCAACAGAGAGGCGUCUCUGCUGAUGCCUGCUGGAAACAAAGUUUGACGCCAAACUGCAUGAAAACAGUCGAUGUGUGAAUUCAGAGAAUCUAAUAAACACUUAAAAAGUGCAAAAAGACGCAUAAAAGGAAAUUAUAGUUCAAACUGCUCAGUCAGAUCCAGCAAAUGCAAAAAAGAUAAACAGUUUAUUGCCUCAUUUUUCUGUGUUUCUGGUGAAAUGGUAAAGAAGAAAACGUGGAUAAUUAAUUUCUUAUUUUUUUAUGUUGGAUUUUUAUAACCUUACUAUUUCAUUCUAAUAUUUCAACCUUCUAUUGAUAUUGUGAGUUUAUUUUGGCAAUAAUUGAACUUUAUUGUCAUAUAACUUUAUUUUUAUAAAAGAUCUGUUUUUUUAGUCUGACCGUUAUAUUUUGUUAGUUAACCUGAAUUAAAAGUCCAAACAAGCAGAAGCUGUAAAACACAACAAGAUGGCCGCCCUCAGAUAUGGAAACUCCAGGAGUCCAUUGGUGGAUAAAAAUCCAGAUUUUCCAAAGCUGCGAUGAACUGAUGGGAUGAUUUAUGGUUUCAGGACGGAUGUAGGUGUGGAGUGAAAGCGACUCCAGAUGUUCAGGAUCUGUGUGAAAAUCUCCUUCUGACCUGAUCUGAGGAAACGGUGUGUUUUCUAACAGGCUCCUCUUCUGAAGCCGGCCGUGUUUGUUCAGCCUGGAUUCAUAGAAAAUGUUGAUUUAUGAAUCAGCUCGGCUCUCUGACCGGCGGCGCUUUUCCUCCUGUAGUCUGCUGAACGCCCAAUAAGGAGGCAGACAGUUUAUUUAUUUAUUUGGGGAGGUUUGAUCCUGGAUCGUUUCAUCAGCAGAUCUCCAGUCUGAGCCGUUUCUGUUUGCUGCUGUUUGAAGCAGAAAAUGUUUUACUGGUUUUGACUAAAUGCAGAAAAUGGAUCCUGAUCUCUGAUUCAUAUCAGGCCUGGUCAUGAUCCGAGGUUUUUAAUCUUUUUUUCAUAUUAAAGGUUUGAUGUGAUAUUCUCUCAGCAUUAUGGAGAGUCUGACAGUAACUUGUAUCUUUUCUAGGUUUUAAAAAUAAUAUUUAAAACUAAACUAUGUGCUAAAACAUUUUAAAACAAAACAAUGGAAGAAUUAUUACUGUUGUGGCUAAAUAAGAUUAUAUAUUACUCAAAUUUUGACUAUUGUGGCUGUAAUAAUGUAUCUAACUAGUUAUUUUGCUACAAAACAAAAAGUGUUGAAUAUUUAAUGUUUGAUCUGAAAUCAGUUUCUGAUAUUUUGAAGUUCCUGGAUUAACUUCAGUUUCAGCUUUUGAGAUUAAAUUUAGAUUAAAAACCAGCCGAAAUUCUCAGGUUUUCCUCUGAUCCAGUUUAACUUGAUGAGCAGCAGCUUCAUUUAUUGCGCUGAAUGUUUCGGUUUUCUGCUGUUUCUGAACCGACUGCAGGAGAAACGGGCAGAAACUGACCGACGUGUCGAUCCGGCUGCAUUUUAACGCUCACACUUUAACUUCCUGAAACUUUUCAAAUUUAAAACAUCGUUUCCUAAAAGAAAAAAAGAAAAGCUGCUGCUCCUCCAGAAGCUCCGAGUUUUUACAGCCAGAAAUAAAUGGAAGAGUCAAUAAAAACAGAGAUAUAACUUUAGAACUAACAUUUUUAUUCCAGAAAUACAUUUUUCAGAUUUGUAUCAUAUCAUUUUAUUACAACAUAAAUCUGCAUCACCUCAUAUCAAACUUUUCACGUUGUAACAUUUAUAUUGUGUAAACGUGAUAAUUGAU